ACACAACUGACAAAAUGGCCUCUCUCGUUGACAAGAUCGCUAACAAGGUCAAGGACAUGCAGCCCGCUAUCAAGAACGGUGCUGAGCUCCCCGCCGGACACCUCCUCAAGGAGAACAACCCUGAGCAGGGCUCCGUCGACCUGGGCAAGCUGAGCGGCAAGAACAUCAUCGUCGGUGUUCCUGGCGCCUUCACCCCUCCUUGCUCCUCGCACGUCCCCGGCUACGUCUCUGACGUCGAGAAGUUCCAGCAGAAGGGCAUCAAGGACAUCUACGUGGUAGCCGUCAACGACCAGUUCACCGUCCAGGCCUGGAAGGACAAGCUUGGCUCCAAGAACGACCACGUUCACUUCCUGGCUGAUGACACGGCCGCCUUCACCCACGCUGUUGGCCUUGGCUUUGACGCCUCUGGCCUGCUCGGUGGUUACCGCUCGCAGCGCUACGUUGCCGUGGUGGAGAACAACAAGGUCACGGCUCUCUUUGUCGAGCAGGCCCCGCCUGACGUCAAGCUCACGUCGAGCGACGCUGUGCUCCAGGCGCUUAAUGCUUGAGCGAGCGACGAAGAGAAAGAUGAAUUCAAUCACCCGUGCCGCGUC